AUGUUCACUAAUAUUCAGUCAUACUUUACGCGAAACUUUGACUACUGGGCCAAACGUGGCAUACGGGGCCCCAAGCCUUACAUUGGUUUCGGCAAUACUUUGCAUAAGUUUCUGAACCAAACCACUGAUCUGGAGGUCCAAUGGAUUCACGAAUUCGGCAAAAUAUACGGCAUUUUUGAAGGCAAUCGACCCAUACUAACGGUGGCGGACCCGGAGCUCAUCAAAAGCAUUUUGGUCACAGACUUUCAUCUGUUUAACGAUAAGGAGGCAAACCCACUUUUCCACUCGAAAGCCCACCCAAUACUGGCCACGAAUAUCGAGGUAAAGGUGGGCGACGACUUUAAACUGAAUCCAUGGGACGACACGAGUGAUAGGAAAGCCUUUGUAGGACACGCUAACGACGUGUUCACUCCGAGUCGACUGCGCCUAUUGCUGUCCAUACUGUUGCCGAAGUCGGUGCUCAACGCCCUGGGAGUGAAACACCCGGUGCGCGAGUCGGCCAAUGAUGCCUCGACAUGUAGUCGCCACGCCAAAUGUCAAAUCACGGCUUUUUAA